AUGAUGAAUUUUGAUAAAUUCAAUCCGCUAUCUAAUAACUUUCUAUACAAAUCCGGUGCCGCUAAACAAGACUCAGAGGCGACCAAUUCUCAGUUGGAAAACCAUCUGCAGAUGGGUAGCUCGCAAAUGGGUGAUUGGGGUAUAGAUGAGGAGUUUACACCUACUACUGCAACUACAACAUCGACAUUUUCCAAUUUCCUAUCUCCAACUACUAGCGUGUCUAGUACUCAUGGCCACCUUAACUACACCCAGCAGCAACAGCAGCAGCAGCAACAACAGCAGCAGCAGCAGCAGUACACAGCACGACAAGUGUACCCAGAAAGUAAUAAUUACAAGACCAAUCAUCGAUUUUUUGAAGACUCGUAUACCCCACCACAACCAUUGUACUUCAAUGGAGCUAAGCGACGAAAUUCAUCAAUGCUGAACUCUUCGGCAUUGUACCAUCCAUUGAAUGUACACCCUCAAUUCAUCACUUAUUCUCCACUGCGACAUUCCAGUAUUCCCAAUGUGCUUCAAUACUGCCAAGCGUCGGGGAAUGUUAUUACACCAACAACAACAUCAAUGACGAAAUUCAUUAGGAAAUACUUAUCCUUGGAAAACAAAAUGGACCAAUUUUGGGAGAAAUUUAAGUACAACUUAAUAAUAUCUAAUUUGUUAGAAGAUUCCAUAAUAUUGGCCAAGAAUGAAUCAAGUUUGCAAGUGCUUGAUACGCACCCUAUAGCUCGUCCUUUGAAAAGUUUAAAGUACAUGAUAAAUGACGAUGAAACAAGAUUGGUUAUCUUGAAUACCGUUUAUGAGGUGAGGUACAAUGUGAGGUAUAACAAUUUCAGUAUGAUUAUUGGUAUUACAAAUAUGAUUAUAUAUUUGUUGAAGCAGCGGCAGCAGCAGCAACAACAUCAACAACAUCAACAACAACAUCAUCAUCAUCAGCUGUUGCUGGGACUGCUGCCGGCGCACACUUCAAAACAGAUUAGUGUUGAGUUCCAAUUCAAGCUAUUCAAAGUAAUCCUACUAAUAGCGUCAAAACUAAUCAAAAUUCGUAAAUUUAAAAUCAUAGUGGAGACUAAUAAAUUGCUUGUUCUGUUGAAUGAUUUUUUGAAAGCAAAUUACUUGGUAAAUACUAACCUUAUACUUUAUACGGUUAAAUUGCAGAGUUGCAAAGAGGACACUCUCAGAAGAAAGAGUAUGAAGAACUUCUCAUCGCUAUUGUUGAAUUCUUUAUCAUUUAUGAACUUCAAUCUUCGAUUCUUGAUCAUCAAAUUGAUACCGAAUUUAAAUGGAGAUUUGCUUCAACAGUACUGUACUUUACAUAAUAUCAAUUUGGCGAUAAUAACUCAAGAGUACGAUGACAAUGGAAACACAGAUCAAGUUGAUGAAGUGUUGUUUAAUAUCAAUAAAUUCAACCAGUUGAGAAAAUUAUUCGUUUGUCAAUUGAUCACAAUAAACGAGGUCUCACAGUCAAAUUUUUUUAUUUUGACCUUGAUCGAUCAAUUUGAAGUGAAUUGCGAUUGUCUGUUAGAAAAGCAGGACUUGCCAGUAUUGGAAAAGUUACUCUUGCUACAAGAAGUGCUAGCUGAUUAUUAUUCAAUGACAACAAAUAUCAAUGAUACAUUUUCCAAAUUUGAACAAACAUCAUCGCUGAAAGAGUCGGAGCCAAGAGGGAUGGAUUAUUUGCAACCGCAACCGCAACCGCAACUACAACUGCAACUGCAACUGCAACUGAGCUUAUAUCGAUUCACGUCACGACUUUGCAAUUUUACAAAUAAUGUAAACUAUUUCAAUAAAUAUAAUCAAUCACUAUCAAUGGACAACACUGAUGAACAGUUGGAAAAAUUACUAAUCUUUAAUCAAUUUAACGACGAACUAAAUCAUUUGAAAUUAUUACAUAAGCAAACACUUGUAGAACUUAAUCAGGAGGUUAACCCUGGCUAUGAUAGAAGCCUCACUUCCCCCAAAUCAAAUGUAUCAUCGUCAUCGCCACAAUUAAAUGGUGGUAAUAGCGCGGGAUUCAAUUUGAAAACAUUUCAUAACACAAAAUGGCCAUCCUCAUUGCCAUUUGAAGAUACCCAGAAAACAUCCAACACCCCAAUCCAAAGCUCUACUAAACUACCGAAGAAGUACAAAAAGCAUAAUCGAUUAUCAUCUACUGGAUUGCAGUUGGGACUCCUUACCGUGUUUAAAGAAGACGAUCCCAUCGAUGCAAAUGAGUCUCAUCGAUACUCAACUAAAUCACUUCCUUGUGAGAAAAGAAGAAAUUCUUCUUCCUCUUCUUCCAUACGUUUACCCUUAUCUGCAUUAGACUCCCCAUUGCAGAAAGUCCCGUUUGAUGAUAAUUAUGCAAGCAUUAAUUCGAGAGAUGAUCAUCAAUUAGAAAGCUAUAAUAAUACAACAUUGGAACAAUUAAAUAGGAGAAUUCAUAAUGGCAUAAGAACAAGCAGGUUUUCUAAUACACCUACUAAUAAUUAUAGCCAUAAACGAUUUUCGUUGAAUUCUAUGAAAAGUAACGUUUCUGGAAUAAGCGAUCUAAUUUCAACUCAAUUGACCAGUUAUAAAGACAACGAAGAAGAAGAAGAAGAAGAAGAAGAAGAAGAAGAAGAAGAAGAAGAAAAAGUAGAAGGAAAAGAAAGAGAAGUAGAUGGUGGUAUACAGGAAGAGGAAAUGAAGAUGGAUAAACAAGAAUUGAGGAGAAAACUAGAAGCUAGUUUUGACAGAAUUUAUGAUUUGGAAAAAGAGAAUAAAAAAUUAAGAAAUAUCGAUGAUGAAGAGGAACAGGAAAUGAUCCAUGUUAAUUUACCAACUACUUCUUUUGUUAAUGACUUGGAACAAAAGUUAAUGGCAAGGAACUAUACUUGA